AUGAAUUGCUUUAGAGCUUUCACUGUGUUUGAUCUUAAGCUAAACAAAUUUUAUUUAUUCUUAAGAAGAGAUAUUGAAUUUACACCUCUUUGGGAAUAAACAAUAAAAGAGAUUUAGCAUUAGAUAAAAGAAUUGAAUGUAAUUGAAGAGAAGGUCUUUAGUAUAAAUUCAGUAUUAGGAACAGUGAGAGGCAAAUAUGAUUAUUUUAAAAGUAAUAUUUUAUUUAUAUGCUAAGAUCGAAUUUUAAUAUUAAUAUCACAUAUAUUUGUAGACGAUAUUUUUUAAGCAGAACUUCUACUUUUAAUUUAUGCAUAUUUAUGCGAGGUUUCAAACUACAAAAAUGUAAACUAUAAGUUUCAUAGUAUAGCUUAAUAUAUAAGAACUUGAGGCUUUAGAAAAGUUUAAUAUAGAAAAAUUAAUUAUGAUCAAAGAAGAACAGUUAUUAUUGAAUAAUACGUUUAUUAAUUCAAAAUAUUUAAGUUUAAAGCAUAAUUAAGCUGAAUAAUAAUAUUAAAAAAUACUAACAUCUACAAGUGAAAACAAUGAAUUAUAAAAUUUUUCAAGCAAAUAAUUAUUAGAUGAAUAAAAAAUGAAAGUUUUUAGAGGAUUUCUGCUUUAUGAUACUAAUAAAUAAUAUUUUUUUAUGUUUAUAAAAAAAGGGUUUAGUAAUGAUUAAACUUGGAUUGAAGAGAGAAUUAGGAUCGAAAAACUUUUAUUAUAAAAACAGCAAAAAACCUCUAAAAUAUUCUGUAUACACAGCAAUUUUGGAUAAUUUAUUGUUGAAUAUGAUGCAACUACCAGUAUCUUUUUAAAUACUAAUUAGAAUUCUAUUUCAUACUUCUAACUAGACAUAAAACAGCUGAAAAUCCUCAAUAUUAACUGUUGUAAAGAAUUAAAAGUUUCAUUUAUUUAGAGCCAAAAUUUCAUAAAGUAAGAUAUAUUAAUUAUUAUUAAGUAAAAAAAAUGUGAUCUUGAAAAUAAGCUCCUUUAUGCUAUCAAUGAUAUAAUUGAUGCAGAAGAAAGAAUUUAUAUAUAAAAAUAUGGAAAAAAAAUAAUAGAUUCAAAAAUAUUAUAAUCUAAAAAUUAAAGUGAAAAGACUUCUGCUUAGGGCUCUGAAUAGUAAAUUCCUUCAAUAAAUUUAUUACCAAAUAAUUAAGAUUGCGAUACUUUAGAAUAAAUAAAAGUCAAAUGA